AUGACAAACCAAAAAGCCUCUCUCCCCAUGAACCCAUUAGCAGACCCUAAUGUAGUGUGUUGCACCCAACUGCUUGAUUUCUUCAGGAAAUCAUACACUCGUCCAAAGCAAAUGCGCUCAUUAGCCCUAGAGACAAUCUAUGUCAACUCUCCUGCAGAUCAAUGGCUCCAAGUCUUCACAGAUGGGUCAUACAUAGAAAACCAAGCAAACAUUGAUGCAGGUGUCUUUUCUGAACUCUCCUCUUUCUACGCAGCAGCGGGACACAAUAGACCCGCUUUCAAAGGAGAAAUAGAGACCAUUGGGAUAGCACUAUGUCAAUUAUGUUGCCUGGAUACGCAAUUCACCAAAGCAGUGAUACUUUCGGACUCACAGUCAGCAAUAAACUCAAUUGGAAACAGAGAGCCACCCAAAACAGCUGAGAUAAAGGAAUGCCAUGAGCUUGCUGACACACUUGCUAAGAAAGUGACAACAAUUUUGCAAUGCAUGGACCGACCGAUGUCUUUCCACACAAUGAAGGCCUUAAUCGGGAGAGAAUUCGAGACUUCAAGGUGCAACGAACUCAAAGCUCGAACAAAGGAGAAACAGUGGACAGUGGCACUCUCCGAUAUAGCCGACUGGCCAAGAAUCGAAGCCGUUGCUGAGUUUAGACUACGUACUGGACACGAUUGCUUAGCAAAACAUCUUCACAGAUUGGGAGUAUACACUCAACCCACAUGCCCCCUAUGUAACCUACAGGAGGAAAUGGAGAAGACCCACCUGAUUCGGUGUCCAGCCCUAAAGACAAGUACGGAAAGCCAAAGAUACUGGGAAGCAAGAAGACAGCUAAUGAACUGCUAUUAA